UCAUAACGUGCGGAUUCGAAUACCUUGGCUUUCAUUUUCAACAUGGAAGGGCCUAUCUAACGGUCCAGGUUUGCGAAGAGCUCUUCUCUUUCAAAAAGUGUUCGUUUUGAUAGGUUUAAAGACCGCUAGGCUCGUUUCCGCAUAGCUCUUUGCUCCCCCCCUUCUCAAUGGCUCCCAAGGUGUACACUUGGAUAACCCUAUGGUUCAUGCUCACUGCCCCGCUGAUGAUAUGGGAUGCUGGAUACUGUCUCAUGAGACCUCGUUCAAUGGUCGGCGGCGACUUGCACUGGGCAUGGAAGUUGUAUGAUUUUUACGGACAGAUAGACAAGGUGCGCCGGUUGUAUUCUUCUAGCUCAAAACCUGUCAUUAAUUUUUUCUUUUUCUUUUCAAUACAGAUCUACGGUGUGAAAGCAUUUGAGGAUGGCGAUGGCUUCGCUAACGCCGCAGGUACGUUGUUGCCACGUUCGAUUCAUGCUUUGAACUUCUCACUUCUGUUGUGUGCGCCACCAGCUAUUCUCAACCUUCUCGAAAACUUUGCCGCGAUAACGUAUCUCGUUCUUGUAUAUGCUUUCAAGUCUGAUAUUGCGCCGCUGUUUGGCUAUACUGGUGCUACGGUGACUUUGGCCAAGACAAUUCUCUAUUUGGCGCAGGAGUACUAUUGCGGAUGGUGUGCUAUAGGGCACAAUGACUUUGUUGACGUUUUGGCUUAUUGGGUAUGCCCAAACGUUGUCUGGUGCACAAUAUCCAGCUUGACUAUGUAUAGGUUGGGCAACGACAUUGCCUCGUCCUUACGACAGCGCAAAACUACUGUAAAACAAGACUAAUACAUAGACCGUAGGACAACUCGAACGCAGCGAUUUCUUACGUAUAUUUGUCUUUAAGAGGCGAACUUCGUGUGGAUCAGAUCCUGAGAAUCUAUCGUUUGUGACCUAUCCGCAGCUUUAUCCAUCUUGCCUGUGUCGCUGUAAAAUUGUUCUGGAGGCACGGAGCGGGAACGGAGUUGGAACGGCAAGAGCAAUUCUACGCGCGAUCAAUGCCCGCAAAUUUCUCGUAGGGAAAGAAGGCAGGCCCCAAGAGGAAGGCAAGU